AUGGAAGCUGUUGGCGCGGCCGGGGCUAUCGUCGGCCUUGCCGGCAACGCGCUUACAGGCUUGAAGAGUCUGGGAGAAUUUAUCUCCGUACUUCAAGAAGGCAAGAUUGACCUCGAUACGAUGCAGCAAAGGCUCAUAGAGCAUGAAUUCCGACUUUCAGAGCUGAGGGAAGAGUACGAUUCAUGGCCCAAUGGGUCUAUGACUGCUGCAGAAAAAGACCUUUUUGAUGAAUGCAUCAAGGAAAGUCAUGAGGAGGUGAAACGCUACAAGAAGCUCCUGGAAAAAGCAGCCAGGACGCGAACCCGAGGCAAGAACUUUCAGAAGGUGGAAACUGCUGUUCGAAUAUACCUCCACGAAGAAGAUUUCAAAAAGCACAGAUCCCUGCUUCAAGACCGGACAUUGCGUCUACAAGAGUUUAGCAAGAAAACAAACAGAGUCCGCUUUCAUGAGUCUUUUCAAUCCAUUAUGUCUUCCGCUGCCCAUUACCACGCAGAAGACAUGACAGCACACACCCGAACCGUGGAUGCUCUCCAGACAGUCUCUACUACUAUCGAAAAGAACCUACAACAAUCUUUGAGUACAUCUUCAGCUUUGGAAGCGCAUGUGACUACCAUUUUAGGUCACCAUAACGAAGAAACCCAGACACUGAUACAAUCGUCGCAUCACUCCACAGUGCACGAGUUGAAUGAAAGUUUAAAGCAAAGCAUUCUGCCAAUGAUUCAGAGCCUCUUCGAUGCGGCCCAAGGUAGUGAUAAAAGCCUCCUUCGUCGGAAUGAACGAGGAUCGGCGCCGCGCAGAACGCAGAACAUGCAUCAUGCUGCGAAUGAUGAUGGCGUCAACAAUAAAUCAUUGGCAUAUAUGCAGCCUAAUUCGCGACGUGUCUAUAGGACUCCACUCGGUCGGCUGCACGUUGGCUAUACUCAAAAGAACUCCGGCGGUGACAGCCUGGAUAGAGGCCAGAUUAAGGCUGCAUAUUGGGUCAGGUUUGAUCCUUACGGAAAUUUCUCACAAAGUUUUGUUGAAUGGAAAAUGUUCCUCAACACGGGGCCCAGUGGACCGCCAACAACUAUCUGGUGCAAUAUCGGAACGCUUUGUGAGGACAGUGAGGUUAUUGACGCGCUGGGUCUCAUCCCUGAAAAGUAUGGAUGCUCUCACAAGACAACCGGCAACGACAGAAGUGCGGUGAAACAUACGCGCGCCUGUGUAUUCUACGAAUGGCGGACGAAGUUUCCCGAUCACCGCAAGUUGAGGCGCUUACUAGAAGAGCGCCGCUUCAGUCCUGCCGACUACUUGUGUGAUAGGAACGGGACGAUGAGGAGAAUAUUGACAGUAUUUGUCUCCGGUCAUCAGUUUUGCGAGAAGCCGGGCCAUACGGUUGAAAUCUAUGGUCCUGUUUAUCGGCGGGCAAUUUGCUUCUGUGAUGCUCACCGCUUGAUCUUGGAUGGUCAUUUAGAGCGUCCUGAUCGUCAAACCAUUGAUUUGAUAACUCGCAAGUCCAAUGGGGAAUUUCAAUAUUUGUCUCACUUUUAUCCGGAAUACUACGAAACGUUGAAAUUUCUGCUCGAAACUGGAUGCACGCCUGAAGAUGAUUGGAGCGACCUGAUGCAGAAAAUCGCCGAUGACACUUGUCAUGUCAUGGAAUCUCACGCUAGGUACGCGUGCACAGAUUAUUUUCAGUUGAAUUCAGCAACGAAGCUGGUAAGAACUGCUGUAGCAGGGUCCAUUGCUACAGAAUGCUUCUUACCUACGGAGUAUGCUUUCACUCCGGACCUAUGCAACCGGGCUGGAGAGGUCGUGGGGUCGCAUCGCUUCGCAUCUGUUAAGACUCAUAUUGGCAACCUUUUGCCCUACAAGAACAGUUUCCAGGAGUUGGAGGACGUUUUGUUCGAUAACGGAGGCUUAGCUGCUCUUCAUGACCAUGACAAAGCUCCGUAUGAACGGUGGCUCUUGGUUCUCAUGAGCUACAUUGAGCCAAGACUCAAAGCGCUGGUGGCAUCCGCCACCGGUAGCGGCGGAAAGAAUAGUGUUUCGGACAUCAGUAUUGAGGGAACUUGCGAAGAGAUCAACAAGUCAGACCAUUGGAAAAAACGCCUGGUCAUCGACUACGUUGUCUACCAUGGAAACCUCCCCCUGGUGCAGCUUUUGUUACAAAAGGGGUUUGAUGCCUCUCUCGUGGUCGAUUCUGCGGCGCGGAAGGGAAACCCCGAGAUCUUUGACUUUGUUCUGGAAUUCUGUCUGAAGAAAGAACGGUCCUUGUCAUCGAUAGGUUUUAUACAUCAUCAUCGAACUUGGCUCCGGAUUCUUAAGGAUCCUGCAUUCAAGACUCGGCUUCUGGACGUACUGGUUCUCCAAAAUCGACACGAAUCUCAGGAGGCUCAGAUCUUCGACCGGGUUCUGAUUAAUUCCAAUGAUAAUCCGUUCCUGGGAGACGAGAUGACCCUAUGCGAAUUGAUGUUGACAGUCUCGGCUCAGCUACCCGAUUAUAUCAAAGAAGUAGUUAGUGGUUGCAUCUUCCGCUAUGAACAAGCGCAGUAUCGCUUCCCGGGCGGUUUACGGCUUUAUCUUCUUGAUGGACUAUGCGCUCAGCAUUAUUUUGAGCAAUUCUUCAACCUAUUUGACAAGGCCACAUGUCAUACUCCAUGUGAGGAUCUAGGAAGAUCCACUCGUUUCUUCCACCAGAUUCUACAACAAAUUGUAUCCACAUCCGUUUUCAGAUGCGGUCUCGAGCAUGUUCCCGAUAUUGAGUUAUAUUCCGAGACUCCAGAAACCGAAGGCUACACACCAUUAAUGUUGGCUCUACAUGGCGGUAUGAUACCAGCCGUCAGGAUUCUCAUUGAUGCUGGCGCGGACCUAACGAGCUACAGUCGUUGUGGUCUAUCGGCUCUACAACUUGCUGAGCAGAAUGCCCAGAGCAAACAUCCACGGAUAUUCAGGAACGGCCGUAACAUUCACGCCCGGAUUUCACGGCCGGGUUAUUCGGUUGGAUUUCAGCAAGUAUCCGCGGUUGCAGAUCAUGAGAUGCUUGAAAUGCUGCAUGACACUCUCCGUCGCCGGGGUGAGGAGGUAUCCGAACCUUACCUUCACCACUCGGCUUUCGUGAAGACAUCGCCGCUUUGGAUCUUCAAACCGGUUCAAAGAGGAGUAGAACGCAUCGAGCCUUUUCUGUACUGGUUGUUUAGCCCUACUGUGCGCAUCAAUAUGGAAGAGCUCCGCGAGCACCUCACCUAUCUGGCGGUAGUCUUGGUCUUUGGACUUCUAUCCAUCGUAAAGCUUUUUCAACUAAAUAUUGAAGGGUUUACGGCGGGGACUAUGAAACUGAUUUCUCGGCCUAUUGUCAUAAUUCCUCUCGCAGCGUGGGCUGUGCAGUUGAUAUGGCGAGGGUGGCGGCAGGAUGUAACUGAGCCCGAAUGGAGUUGA